AUGUUUAUUUGGUUAGUCAGAGAGAAUACUGAAGGUGAAUAUUCUGUUAUAGAAUAUGUGAUUGCGGAUAGCGUUGUACAAGAUAUUAAAUUGUUCUCUGAAGAAGCACGUCGACAUCCAUCUCGUUCCGUUAUAUCAAAUUGGUAUGGUAAUACAUUGAAUGAUCAGGCUGUUGGUUUAAAUCAGGGUCUAGGUGUUACACCAAGCGAGAAAACUAGUGAAACUGAAGCUAUAUUUGAAUCAGUUAUUCGUACUGAUCCUGAUAUUGCUGGUCAAGAUUGUUCCAAUCCAACUGCUCUAUUCUCUUCAGCCAUUAUGAUUCUUUGCUAUAUGGAUUUAAAUAAGUAUGCAGAUUUAAUUAAAUCUGCUGUCUUGGCCACAAUACGUGAAGCGAAAAAUCUUACAGCUGAUCAUGACAGUCGUUCCACUUGUUCUUAA